CGCGCGGGAGGAGGUGGCGGCGUGCCCGUGUGACUCCCCCAUUCGCGGGGACACCCCCAGCCCGGGCCGCGGGGAGGGUGACCCAGGGCGGGGCAGGGCAGGGCGGGGCGCGGCGCUGCCCUGCCCUCUCGCUGAGCGGAGAGGCGGGAAGCCGGCGUCGGUGUGCUGCCGGUCGGCCGGAGCCAUGCGGAGCUGCGGGAGGGCGCGGGGCGCCGCGGGCUGGGCCGCCCCGCUGCUCCUGCUGUGGCAGUGCCUGCCGACGGCGCGGCCCUACAACCUGGACACGCAGGACGCGCUGCUCUUCCGCGGCAGCAACGGGACCUUCUUCGGCUACUCGGUUCUCCUGCACCGCCACGGCGAGGAGCGAUGGCUGGUGGCGGGCGCGCCCCGGGCUAGCUGGCCCGCCAACGAGUCGGUGGUCAACCCCGGGGCCAUAUUCCGGUGCCGCAUCGGGGGGAGCUCCAGCGGAGAGUGCGAGCAGCUCCAGCUGGGCCAACCUGGUGGUGAGCGCUGUGGGAAGACGUGUGUGGAAGAGCGGGAUAAUCAGUGGCUGGGUGUCAGCUUGUCGAGGCAACCAAAGGAGGGCGGAUCUAUCGUUGCUUGUGGACAUAGAUGGAAAAAUGUGUUUUACGUCAAAAAUGAGCACAAACUGCCACAUGGCAUUUGUUUUGCCAUCCCUCCUGAUUUUCGAACUCAGCUGAGCAGAAGAGUAUGCCCAUGCUAUAUAGAUCAUGCACGAAAGUUUGGAGAAAACCAUGGGUCAUGUCAGGCUGGAACGUCUAGCUUUUACAUUGAGGACUUAAUUAUAAUGGGAGCCCCUGGAUCAUUCUAUUGGACUGGUUCUGUGUUUGUGUACAACACAACUGCAAAUACAAUCCACUAUUACACAGAUUCAGAUAACGAAGUGAAAUUUGGCAGUUAUCUAGGAUACUCUGUUGGAGCUGGACAUUUUCUGACGCCAUCCAGUAUAGAAGUAAUUGGAGGGGCUCCCCAACAGGAGCAGACUGGUAAAGCAUAUAUUUUUAGCAAUGAGAAGCAACUAAAUAUUCUCUUUGAACUAAGGGGUAAAAAGCUUGGUUCUUACUUUGGAGCUGCAGUUUGUGCUGUGGACCUGAAUUCAGAUGGCUUCUCAGACUUACUAGUUGGUGCUCCAAUGCAAAGUACCAUCAGAGAAGAGGGAAGAGUUUAUGUCUAUAUUAAUUCAGGUUCUGAAGCAAAGAUGGUAGAGCUGAACGUAGAGCUCAGCGGGAGUGACUCAUAUGCAGCAAGGUUUGGAGAGUCCAUAGCCAAUCUAGGAGACAUAGAUAAUGAUGGUUUUGAAGAUGUGGCAAUUGGGGCUCCACAAGAAGAUAAUCUAAAAGGGGCCAUUUAUAUAUACAAUGGCAGGAAAGAUGGAAUAACACCAUCAUUUUCACAGAGAAUAGAAGGACAAGAAGUGAGUAAUUCUUUAAGCAUGUUUGGCCAAUCCAUAUCAAGUGGCAUUGAUGUGGAUAACAAUGGUUAUCAAGAUGUAGCAGUUGGUGCAUUUUUCUCUGAUUCUGCUGUGGUGCUGAGAACAAAGCCAGUGAUAAUUGUUGAAGCUUCUUUAAGACAUUCUAAUUCAAUAAAUCGAACUAAUUUAGACUGCAUGGAAAAUGAGCAGCCUGCCACCUGUAUGAAUUUGAAGAUCUGCUUUGCCUAUAGAGGACGAGAGGUGCCUGGUUAUAUUGUGUUGCUUUAUAAUCUGAGUGUUGAUGUGAACAGAAAAGAGGAUACACAAGCAAGAUUUUAUUUUUCCUCCAAUGGAACAUAUGAUACAAUCUCAGGAAAAGUAAAGAUUUACAGCAAUAUUACUGCCUGCAAAGAUCAUCCAGCAUUUAUGAGGAAAGAUGUAAGGGAUAUCUUGACUCCUGUACAUGUUGAAGCGAGUUAUCGUCUGGGGCAUCAUAUUCUACAGAAAAGAAAUGUUCAAGAAUUUUCACCACUUCAGCCUGUUCUUCAGCGCAGGAAAGAAAAGGAUGUUAUAAAAAGCAAGUUUAUUUUUGCAAGAUUUUGCUCCCAAGAAAAUUGUUCAGCUGACUUGAGAGUUUCUGGAAAAGUUGUUUUUCCAAAGCCUUAUGAUAAGAAAACGUACCUUGGUGUUGGAAGUGUGAAGACUUUAUUGUUGAACAUUUCUCUGCUUAAUGUUGGAGAUGAUGCAUAUGAAACUAUCCUCCAUGUUCAGAUCCCUAAAGGUCUUUAUUACAAUCGAGUUUUAGAAUUGGAAGAAAAACAGAUACAUUGUGCAGUAGUAGAUAAAGAAAUUAAUGCAGUGACACUUGGGUGCAGUGUUGGCUAUUUAUAUGUGGAUCACAACUCAAAGCUGGAUUAUAGUUUCUUCUUGGAUGCAAGCUCAUUAACCAGAGCAGAAGAGGACCUCAACAUCAUCAUUAAUGCUACCUGUAAAAAUGAAGAUGAGAACAUGCUGCUGGAUAACACGCUGACUUUACCUAUACCUCUAAGAUAUGAGAUUGAAUUAAAUACUCAUGGGUUUGUGUCACCGACCUCAUUUGUUUAUGGAGCAGAAGAGAAAGAUUCAGCAGUGACAUGUAUGAAGGAAAAUAUCAACUUCACUUUCCAUGUUAUCAGUGCAGGACCAAGCAUGUCUCCAAAUACCAGCCUGGAAAUAAUGAUACCGAAUGCUUUUCCACCCAGGGACUCCAAAUUAUUCAACCUAUUGGAUAUCAAGACAACGGCUGGACACUGCUCCUAUAAAAAAUAUCCCAUGAACUGUACUGCAGCAGAAAAAAAUGGAAACAUAUUAAAGGAUGUCAUCACUUUCUUUUCAAAGCCUACUAAGAGGCACAUGUACUGCAUGAAAAAUGACAGCCUUUGCUUACAAAUACAUUGCAAGCUGGGAAACAUGGAAAGUGGAAAAGAAGCAACUGUUCACUUGCAUCUGGAGGCUACUCCUUUACUUUUACAAAUGGAUGAUGCAUCAGUAUUGAAGUUUGAAGUAAGAGCAACGGCCUGGCCAGAAAAAAGUGCAAAAGUUAUUGAACUACAUAAGGACAAGCAAGUUGCAUAUGUCUAUUUGGAAGGAAUGCACCACCAAAAGCCAAAAUCCCGUGUUACUGUGCUAAUUAUUUCCCUCGGCUUAAUAGUUGGUGUUACCUUGUUAUUGGUUCUUUCCUUUAUAUUAUGGAAGAUUGGCUUCUUCAAAAGGAAAUACAAACCGGUCCCUCAAGACACGAACAGAAGAGACAGCUGGAGUUUUAAAAGUGGGAACAAAAAUGACUAAGAUGGCAAAUAAACAUUUGAUUUUGAAAUGAAGAAAUUAAAAUUCAGAUUAACUCACAGGAGAAACAUCAGCAAAAAGAAUCCUAAGCUGUGAGCUUACUUGUUCUUACAAAACAUGUUUUAUUUCCUUGAACUGUAUGGAGGAUACACUUUACAGUACUGUUCUAAUAUGAAAAUGGUAAACCAGUUUGUUCUGAAGUCUGCCAGUAAUAUUUGAAAUGCCAUAUAUAUAUAUAUAUAUAUAUAUAUAUCUGGUUUCAAACAGACAGAAGAACACUAAAGAUAAAGAGAAGACAAAUUACUUACCAAAAGGAAGUAUUUGUAGAAAGCAAUAAUUUUGGCCAAUCCUGGAAAGUAAGAUCUCAGACACAUUACCAUGAGUUAUUCUAUUAUUUUUAAAGUUUCAGUAAUAUUUUGAUCAGGCAUUCAAGAAGAAAUGCUCUCUCAUUUUUGUCUGGCAUUUUACCAAGGAUAAAUUAGCUCAUACCCCUAGGACUGUAAGCAGGACACACGGACACAGAAAACAGCUCUCAGAAGCUCUGGGCUUCUGCAGGGAACCUCGUAAGCUUUGGCUUCACAGGCACAGCCACAUCACUGAAGGUACUUAGACACCCAAGAAAGCCAGAACCAGGAAGGCCAAAGGUGAAUUCAGAGCAGGGAAUUGUGUGGGGUAGCCUGGAGAUGCAGCUGUAGGAAGAUUAAAGUAUUGGAGAUUAUAAUUUGUAGUCAUCUAUAACAUGGUACUUGCAAGCAUGAUAGAAUUACUUGUUUCAUCCUUUCCUCAGAUAGUGCUGCCAUAAGGUUUUGGACUUUUCCAAUGAAUUAUUUCUAUGUGGGGUUUUUUUAAAGCAAGUAUUUAUUUUUAUUUAUUUGAAGAUUUUUCUAUAGUACAUAUUGUAGGAUUUAUGUGCUGGCAUUCUUCCAGAACCUGAAAAAAAAAGACAGGCUUAAGCUGACAAAACAGAGAGACACAUAUACCAAAAACACUCCAACUGCCAACCAUAAUGGGCCAAAUUUUAUCUUUAGAUUAAGUGCUUUAGAAAGUACUUACUUGGAGAGCCAGCUUGGGUUCUUGGAAGGUGUCAGAUAAAUACCAUCCAAACAGGCACCCUCAGCAGCCACUCGGCAGAAAGGCAAAGGACUGACCAGAAACAUGGAUCAAACCACUGCUCUGCUACUCCAGGAAGUUUCUUCAGCUAGCUAAGUUUGCACUGCCACCUAGCUUUGGUGAAACGGCACAAGGCACAAGGGAAACAAACCUUCCUUUGCUUCCCCAGAGCAGCUGGAGAACAUUCAGCUUCGUCAGUAACAAGAUUUAUUGCAGCAGAAGGACAGAGCUCGGCCAUGAGGCCGGGCCUUGGGUGUCUUUCUGAACUGCACCAAGAACGGAAUGUCACCUGCACAAAUGCUUCAGAGCUGCACCAUCCAUCCUAUGGGAACUAGCCUGAAACUCAGACCCACAGCAAGUGCCUUCAGCAAGCACUUCUGCUACUAGAGUGCUUGGUGCCAUAAAAGCCAUGUUACCCACAGAUUCCAAAGGUAUUUGGGACCAUUUUGUAUCUUCCUUUCACUUCAUUUGAUGCCAAAGAUGUGGAUCACUCCAAAGUAUGUUUUCCUCUAAUAUCUACAGUGCAAGGACAAAUGAAUGUGCAUAUAUUUUUUUAAAAACUCAAAAUAAAGUAUGUCAAGAAUUAAAUACUUUCUUGCAAAUAUGUGUGAAAACUGUACCAAAAAAAAUGCUUACCUUCCGAAUGGCUUUAGUGAAUUUUUGCACUUUAACCAGAAAAACCUUUCAAUAGAAAUUAGCUUGAAAUUACAGCAUACUGUGAAAAAUAUACCUCAAAUACUGGAAGAAGCAUUCAUGUUCUUUUGAAUACAAACAAUGCAAGGAAGUGAAACAAAAGCAUUUUAUUUAUCUUUUAAACAGUUUACAUAAGUCAGUACAUGUGAUAAUGAUGCCUUGGAAAUUGUACACUUUCUAUUCAGAUUUGAUUGUUAACAUGUAUAUAUGUUGGCUGCCUUUUCUUAGGAUAUGAAACAAAGUUAUGAAGCUUUUAUAAACCAGGUUGACAAAAAAUGAAUGUACAAUGUCCUGAUGGUGGCAAGAUUAUAAAGUAUUACUAAACUGCAUUUUAUUUAAAAAAGCCCCAAACUAGUUAAACAGAUGAAUGCCGUUCGUUCUGCAAAUUCGAUUCUUUUGUUAAAUUUCAUUUAAUAAAUAAGUUAAAUCUA